AAACCGCUAGGGAGCGUAAAGACGCUGCUGUCUGUUGACCCACGAGAGGAUUAUCCUUCAGCAGCCAAUGUUUCCGAAUAGGUUCUAGAUAUUUAGACACGGUACCGUCUGACUCGCCGUCAUUGUAAUACGCUCAUCAGUCACCGACUGACUCAUCGCUGCAGAAAGUAUUUUGUCACCAUCCUUUUUGCAGGAAGUCGUAAGUGAAGUAAAAUCUUUUAGCUCGCGUGUACUUUUUUGUGUUCAUGGCUAUGGAGGAAAUGUCCAAAACGUUACGGUGUUUUCGUGAAAACCAUACAUUGGAAUCGUUUAAAGACGACAACGUGAAGACGGUAACAUCAAUUCAGCAGGUAGCUCAUCUGCUAGUUAGCCGGAAAAAAGUUGAAGGAACUAUUCAAGACAUAAUCAAUGCUUACCAGCAAAACAACAUUUUACCACAGCCUACAUUGCUCAGGGAGCAGCACUGCGUUUAUUUGAAGAAAGGCUUAAAAAAUAUUUCUGGUGCUUAUGAGUGUCUUGAUGCCAGCCGCCCCUGGCUCUGCUAUUGGAUCCUACACAGCCUGGAGCUGCUGGACGAGCCUGUGUCCGCCUCCAUAUGCUCAGAUGUCUGCAAGUUUCUAGCCAGGUGUCAGAGCCCAACGGGAGGGUUUGCCGGAGGUCCGGGUCAGCAAGCCCACCUGGCACCCACAUAUGCUGCUGUCAGUGCUCUCUGCAUCAUCGGCACACAGGAGGCAUACAACGUCAUUGACAGAGAGAAACUUCUUGACUUCCUGUUCUCUGUGAAGCAGUCAGACGGCUCCUUUGUGAUGCACGUAGGCGGGGAGGUGGACAUCAGGAGUGCGUACUGUGCUGUGUCUGUGGCGUCUCUGACCAACAUCAUCACGCCCAAGCUGUUCGAUCGAACCCCCAACUGGAUUGUCAGCUGUCAGAACUGGGAGGGGGGUCUGGGGGGAGUGCCGGGGCUGGAGGCCCACGGGGGAUACACCUUCUGUGGGACGGCAGCCAUGGUCAUCCUCAGGAAGGAGCACAUGCUGAACCUCAAAUCCUUGUUACGCUGGGUGGCCUACAGGCAGAUGAGGUUUGAAGGUGGGUUCCAGGGGCGCUGCAAUAAGUUGGUGGAUGGGUGCUACUCCUUCUGGCAGGCUGGACUGCUCCCACUACUGCACCUCGCACUCUUCAGAGAAGUACCCAUCUGGACCCUCAGAGGUACUGUCGUUUCAGGGGACCGCACUCUUAGCACAAGCAGCUGGAUGUUUGAGCAGCAGGCCCUGCAAGAAUACAUACUGCUGUGCUGCCAGAACCCUGACGGGGGCCUACUGGAUAAACCUGGCAAAUCGAGAGACUUCUAUCAUACCUGUUACUGCCUGAGCGGGCUUUCCAUAGCGCAGCACUUUAAAAACGGGGAUGUCCACCAUGAACUCAUCCUUGGCAAAGAAGAGAACAGACUGGCACCUACAAACCCAGUCUACAACAUCUGCCCGGAGAAAAUAACUCAAGCGCUUGUACACUUCAAUCAGUUGCCAGUCCCACUGCAAAGCGAAGUAGCCACCAGUGUGUCAUAGAUUUUGAAGGAAAGGCGUUGUUCUCCAUUUUCUCCAAACUCUGUGUGUCCCAAUAUUUCGGAUGCAACUCCGGAUGCACUCAAAGACUCUAGAUUCACUGGCACAAGAAGUCCUUCUUUGGCAAAACAGAUUAUGCAAUUAACAGCUUGAGUAACAUCUUACCAAGUAAACUUUUUGAAUCAGUU